AUGGAAGAGGAACUGGCUAUUUAUUGUAGAGAUUUAGAUAAAACAUUCUAUGGGCUCACACUUAAGGCACUUGGUAACUUGGUUUUUGAGUAUGUCGAAAGAAAUAACUUAAACCACAGAUUUAAUAAAGAAAAAAGAUCGGCCGGAAAAGAUUGGGUGUACUCAUUUUGUAAGCGUCAUAAACUUAGUUUACGUGUUCCAGAAAAAACAAGCCUUGCUCGCGCUGCUGGCUUUAAUAGGCCUCAAGUAGAACUGUUUUUCAGAAACCUAAGACAAAUCUUGAAUGAGAAAAAAAUACUGCCGCACCGUUUGUACAACAUGGAUGAAUCUGGUAUCCUAACCGUGCCCAACAAAUUACCCAAGGUUGUAGCUCCCAGAGGGAAAAGAACUGUAGGAAAAAUCGUUUCAUCUGAGAGGGGCCAGUUAAUAACUGCGGUGUGUUGUAUGGGAGCAACUGGACAAUACAUUCCACCUGCACUGGUUUUUCCACGAAAGAGACUGAAAGCUGAGCUAACUGAUAGAGCUCCAGCAGGGACACUCCAGCUUGUUUCAGACUCGGGAUUCAUCACUAGCGAGCUCUUCCUGAGAUGGCUGGAUCAUUUUCAAACAUUUUGCAAAAGCUCAGUUGAAGACCCAGUUUUACUCGUUUUAGAUAAUCAUUCGAGCCAUGUGAGUUUACAAGCAGUUAUGAAAUGUCGUGGGUUGGGUAUUAACAUGUUAAGUUUACCUCCCCAUUGUAGCCACAAAAUCCAGCCACUGGAUAAAAAAAUUUUCGGACCACUGAAAAGCGCUUAUGGCCAAGAAUGCGACAAAUGGCAUGUCAAUAAUCCGGGGCGACCAAUUACUAUGUUUCAAGUAGCUGAAUUGUUCGCAAAUGCCUACAGUAGAAUAGCAUCAAUUGAAAGAGCGAUAAAAGCUUUUGAGAUAUGCGGUAUUUUUCCAUAUAAUCCGCAUGUAUUUUCGGAAGAAGAAUUUGCACCCGCUACAGUAACAUAUCAACUAUUUCCAAACCAAAACUCCAGUGCAGAAAAUUCGAAUCCGAGAGCAGAAGAUGAAUACGACAGUGAUGAAGAUUUACUCUUAUCAGUUCUUCAGCACAAACUGAUGGAAAACAUUUCGACAAAGACGAUACUCCCAACACCUGUAUCAAGGUCACAAAAUUCACCGCCUUCAACGCCACUAGGAAAGUUGGCCCACUCUCCACUGCUCAACAUCUUCUCGUGGAAAGCAAACACCAUCACCAACACUAAGGGUACGAAAUUCACCGCCUUCCACACCACCACAAAAUUCGACCAACUUUAUCUCGCCGAAAUUAAUAAAACCACUACCAAAAGCACUACCAAGAGCUGCCAAUGCCCGCAAGAAGAAGAAGUCUGUACUGCUAACUGCGUCACCGUACAAAUCUGA